CUAAUGCGUCACGGUUUCUCUAUCGCAGCGCUGCUGCUCGCCUUGAGCAGCCUUGCUGUCGGCCUCGCCGACGGUGGCUGCUGGGACGGCUUCCCCGUGGGGUACGGCGAGCUUUGCUGUCAGGACUUCGCCGCGCCCUGCUUCAACGAGUCCUUCACAUACGAUCGCUGCUGCGGGCCGAACAGCACGCUGCCCAUGUCGACAGUGGACCUGCAGAUCCUGUACAGCCUGCACGUGCGCGCUGGAGGGCACAAGAUGUACUAUGCCGUGAUUCGGAUUCCCGAGGUCCGGGUGCAGCUCGGCCGUCCUCUCGGGAGUCGUGGGCUCGGGCGUGCCGUUCCGGGCGACGCCGCAGAAAUGUUGGACGUCAUGAUGGGCGGUCACCAGAUUGAUUCUGUCGAGGCGGUGUGGCCCCUUGGUGGCGAUGUGGGCAGGUGGGUGCUGCACGAGCCCGUCCGCAGCCUGUUCCUCUGCCUGCCGAGCAGGUUCCGGGGCGCGCCCCGCCGCACGGUUGCGAGAGUGGCGUUCGAUGUCGCGGAGAAGACCUUGCCGCUGUUCCUCAGGCCUGCCACUCUUGUGCAGCCUCUGCUUUACUUCGCGGAUCCGUUCGACGGCAUGGUGCAGAAGGUGCAGCACAAGUCCAGCAACAGUGUGAGCUUUGGUCCCUUAGGGAUGAGCGAGCGUCAGGGCAUAGUGUGCGUGUCGGGUGCUUGCGAUACCUUGUGGGCAUCACUCAGCUCUAACUCACUCCCGCGGUCGAGGCAUGCGAAAAUCGUGGUUGACGUUGGCUGCAACAAGCGCUCUUUCGCGAUGGAAUGGUUGGAUGCUGACAGCAGCGACGACAGGUGGGUCAUUGCACUAGAGCCUGAUCCAGACACAGUGUCGCAGCAUCCCGGCGAUACGGAGGUAUGGAUGCUGAAAGUCGACGCCCAGGGCCAUGAGUUGGACGUGAUUCGGUCGGCUGGGUCCGAAAUUCAUCGCGUGCGCCAGAUAAUCAUAGAGAUCUCCGACAUCCGUUCAACUGUGUACGGGAAUCAGAAACACCCUCGCUCCGCUCCAUAUUUCGAGAACGCCCUGCCGGUUCUGACAAAGCUUGGUUUUGUAUUGAACUCUUGCAGGAUCUUCAACUACGUGACGAGAGGUCUGAAUUGCGAUUUUGUGCGCGCCGAUCUUGUUGGCAGGCCCUCUGAUGACCUGGACGUGUACAACGAGGCGCUCCGCCUGAGCAGGGCCGCGCCCCUCGGGCGGGGGCCGCCGUGCCUCGCGGGGCGGGCGGCGCUGCCUUCGCGGCCGUGGGGCACCGGCGGGUGCGGCCUGUCGGACGGCAGCGUCGAGCGCGCGGAGGCGCACGAGGAGCUCACGGGCGCGCUCCGUGGCGCCCCAGAAGCACGCGGGCGGAGAUCUCCCCGGGCUGUGACGUUCCAGAAGGGUGCGGACCAAGUUCUUCCCGGGGCUGCAAGCAGACACGAGAAGUUCGGCUACACGGGCGAGUCGUCCGUCCAGGCAGCCAGCUUCAAGUGGCAGAAGAAGGAGCUGA